AUGGGCAUCCCUGAUGAUGAGAUUCUGAAUGUUGCUCCACUCUCUGUUAUUCCUGGUGCGGACAUUGAUUUGAACCAACCCAUCUCCAUUGAUGCCUCCGCUGCAUGCUCCAAUCAAGGUAACACCUCUAGUAUCCCUUCUGGUUCAACUCCUGCCGAUCACUCUAGGGAAGAUAAACACUACACUAAUUGUGUUAUAAGAGACAUAGUCACUAGAAUACUUAAUGAAGGUCACUCUAUGAAGGGAGUUUCUACUGCCCUGUCUCAAAUGUACCCCUCUCUUGAGAUUGAACAACAUAGUGAGAAGGAUGACGAUUCCUCCAGUUCUGAAAAGGAUUUGGCUGCUGAAGGGUUGUGCUCUCUAGGGCAAACCGUGUCUGAAAAAGGGAAAAAUGUGGCCUCUAAAACUGUCAAUGCUUCCCACUCUGAGAAGCAUGAUGAUGCAAACGUUGUGAUUGAUCUAGAGGAUGGUAGCUCUGAGGAUCAAGAGGAAAGCUUACUUCAUCACAUAAAGCCAAGUGUGGCUAAACGCAUGAAGACUCGCAAAGGAAAAUCUGUGGCUGAACUUAUGUCAUCUAGAAAAGCUAAGAAGAUUGUUGGUAUUGGUCCCUCCAAAUCUUGGAGCAAGAGAAGGGUGGUUGUGGAAAGGGAGUUAGGAAAAGAUGUUGUUGAUGUCAAGGAGGUCAUGGACCUGAUAAAAGCUGCUGGGCUAUUGAAGACUGUUGUUGGGUUCUCUCAAUGCUAUGAAGGUUUAGUGAAGGAAUUUAUUGUUAACAUUCCUAAGGACAUUUCAGAUAAGAAUAGCAAGGAAUUCUGUAAGGUGUAUGUGAGGGGCAUAAAAAUUGAGGGUGCAGGUGCAUUAGAAGUUACAGACAAUGAGGUUUGUAUAGAGAUUAUAGCUAGGCAGGUGAAAGGUUGGCCUGUUAAAAAGCACCUUCCUGCUGGGAAGUUGACUGUCAAAUAUGUUAUCCUGCAUAAAAUAGGAGCUGCUAACUGGGUCCCUACCAACCAUAUUUCCACCAUUGCUAAUACCCUUGGGAGGUUUUUUUUUGUUGUUGGAACCAAAGUGAAAUUUGACUAUGGUAGAUUUAUGUUUGAAAAAAUCAUCAAGCAUGCAUCUACUAAUGAAGUUAGGCUACCAAUUUCCUUUCCCUCUAUGAUCUGUGGAAUUAUCUUGAAUCAACACACUGCCUCAAAAGUUGGAACAAUUGCUGAGCUUAAGGAGACUUGCAAAGAGCUGGGUGAAGGGAUAAGGGUAGCCACAACUAGAAAACAAUUGUUGGAAGCCUUGAUUGCAAGCUUGGAGCAGGCUGAGGGUGAAAAUAUUAAACAUGCUAAUGCCAACCAUGAAGAAGAAGCUGAAGCCCACACCUCUAGUGAGAGGUCUGCUAACAAUGAUGAGACAAGUGAGAAUUUUGUUUCUGGUGCUGAUGAAGCUGCAAGCUCAAGCUCUAUUGAGUAG